CUGGCCGGGUGGCUGAGAGGAGCUCUCGCGCCGAGGUCCCGCCGCCGCCGCCGCCGCCCGCCCCGGCCUGGCCAUGGCCGGCCGCUCGCUCCUGCUGCUGGCCGCCGCCCUCGCCGCCCUGCUCGGGAGAGGAUAUGGAGAUGAUUUUGAUGACUUCAGUUUAGCAGAUGCACUUGAUGACAGUCCAACCAAGCGACCUCCUCCCACAUUGCCCAAAAAGCCAUCAGGCAGAACAGGAUAUGGGGAUGGUUUGGAUGAUUUCAGUUUGUCAGAUGCACUGGAUGACCUUCCCACCAAGCGACCUCCUCCCAAGUUGCCCAAAAAGCCAUCGGGCAGAACAGGGGACUUCGAUUUAUCUGACUACUUUGACACCCCACUGGAGACUACAACAAAACCAGGAAAGGCAACCACUAAACCCUAUCCAAAGAAGCCAGAUGAUAUUAGUUUAUGGGAUGUGAUCCACACCACCACAACCAAGAAGCCAAAAACCACCAAGGCCCCACCCAAAAAGAAUCCAGCAAAGGAUCCUGCGGACUUUGACUUAUCCGAUGCACUAGAUGAUCAGAAUGAUGGGAAAGGCGGUGGGAAACCAAAUGUAAAACCUGGUGAAGGCUCGAAAGGUAAAGGUAGCCCUUCAAGAGGUGGAAAACAGGCAUUUUCAGAUGACGAUCUGGCUGGGGUUCUGGACGAUGGGGAGUACCGUCCUGAUAAGAAGAAAGGUGGCAGCGACUACGAUGCAGGCACCACCGCCGAGACUGGGACAAUAGCAGGAAUAGCCAGUGCUCUUGCCAUGGCAUUGAUCGGUGCUGUCUCUAGUUACAUUUCCUAUCAGCAAAAGAAGUUUUGCUUCAGCAUACAACAGGGUCUUAACGCAGAGUACGUGAAAGGAGAAAACACAGAAGCUGUUGUAACUGAAGAACCUCAAGUUAAAUAUUCAGCCCUAGAAACACAGUCAGCAGAGCCGCUGCCACCACAAGACAAUGCGAAGGUCUAAAGCAUGGCCUUGGGCUGGAAGAGAAUCAGUCAGCGACAGACACACACACACGCUUGUAAUUCAGCUUUUUAUUUAAUUUGGAUCCAAGCUAUUUAAUGUGUAUUUAGACUAGAAGUGGCUUCUUGUUGAUAUAGGCUGUAGGGCUAGAAUGUCAGUGUCUUUUUAUUUUUUUGUAAAGAGUUGUAUGUUUACAUCAAAUUUAAAAAUGUAGGAUUGAUUUCACAUUGUGUACAAGAUAACAAAAGGUGCUUCAGUAGCCUUCCAAGCGACAGUUAGGAUUUUCACUUUUGGGACAAGUAGCUGGGAUAAUGUCUUUUUCAAAGAGUGCCAGAGUGUACAGGUGUGAGGACGAUGAAGUGCCUGUAAAAUAACAAUCCAAAGCAAACCAUGCGAGAACCUUUGUAAAUCACUUCCAGCCAAUUUCUGCUAUCAGCUAGGCACAUGCAGUGUCAGCAAUGAAAAUUGUGUGUGCAGCUGAGGGUAGAUUUUGCUCCUUAGAGUAGCUACACCUAAAAAUAAAGUGCCUGUGGGUAGAUCCUCAUUUAGGGGCCCUGCCAGGGCGGGGUAACAAAUGCCUCUGCUCAUUGGAGUCAUGGAGUUGAGAGUGCACAUCAUCUCACAGUACUAGGCUUCUACCCACCUUUAAGGACCUGAUGUUGAUACCAGAUAACAGUACAGAUAAUUGCGGUAUGGGAUUUUGACAGGUCACACUGCCAUACAUGGUUGUGUCUGAGAUCGGCAUUGAGCCUCGAGUUCCAGGGUUUGGCUAUGACAACACUGAAACUUCUGCAUAGUCGCUGAGAUUAACUGAAAACUGUGCACACUUGUAUGGAUUUAGGGACAGGUUCAGAUCUCAUUAACACCGGAGCCACUUGAAUUCAGAGAGAGCGAAGUUAAAACUGAUUGAGUUUUUUUAAAAAGAUCAGGUAAUUAACCUGUGAAACUCUGCCACAAGAUAGCCAUUAAAAGAUUAGCAGAAUUAAAAAACCCAACUAUUUAUUAUGGCUGAUGAGCACAUCCAUAGUUAUUUUACCCAGGGGGAAAGGGGGAUAUAAAGCCUCAUGCUUCAGGGCAUAAGCUAACCUCCGAGAAUGGUUAGGAAGAAACUGCCACUGACGGGGUAGUUAUGUAGAAUUAUCUUCUGUGGGGUUUCUUACACCUUCCUCUGAAGCAUUGGAUGCUGGCCACUAACAGGACACUGUACUCUAGCUGAAGCAGUGCUCUGCUCUGUGGUCCUGUUUAACUGAAGUGUAACUGAGAUUGAUUCUGGCCUCUGGUAUCUUGACCAUCACUUGUUACAACUUCUUUUUUUCUUUAUGCUCCUUGCAUGUGGACACUGUUACAUGCCAAUACAUUUUUCAAAAUUAGCUGAAUUAGGAAAAGGAGGCUUUGAAACAAAGGAAAACUCUUCACUUUCUCAAGUGAAAAAGGUACAAAGUGUUUAUAGAAUCAGGACAUGCGUACAUUUUGUAAUGUUUUGCAAAACUCCCCAUUAUGUGAAUGGGAAGCAGCAGCUGAGUAAGAGUGUCUAGUUUUCAGUUUGAUGUACAAACUCAGUUUUCAUGAAGGGAUUUACAUGGGGCCUUGCCUGUAGGUAUUUGUAUAAGCCUAGGGACAUUUUUGUGUAACAAUCUAAUUUAAAGGAAAUUACCUAGUAGCAUUGUAAAUGUUUUGCAGCAGCUGUACAAUUCCUUAUGCUCUGUUUUUUUUGACACAUGCAUAUCAAAAGCCUUAUAAUAGCUUUACAGGCAGAAAUGUAUUGUUUUAUAAAUGUGUUUGUAUUACAAAACAAAAUGUAAUAAGCUGUUUCCAAAGUUCUCAUUUAACUAUUGGCUUCUAUGGAAAAAUAGACAAGGAAUACAGCAUUCAAGUUUGCUUAGGUACUCUAGAGUAGUUUUAUGAUGGAGGAAAUGUGGUUUGUAGAAUUUCGAAGAGCACAUAAAGAAACCCAGACACUAACGAAGCCACAAAGCUGAAUUCAUAUGACUGUAUAUUUCCAAAUAGUGUAGUUUCUUUCUUUCUUAGCCAAACAUGUUUGAAAGCUGUAGUAUAAAAGCAUUUUUAGAUAAUAUUAGAAAUAAAGGUUACUGUAGGGCACUGGUACAACACCAGGAGCCAUUUUCUUGGGUAGAUCAAGUGAACAUAAUUCCAUUUUCAUUUUUACUGAUGAAAGAAGGUGGUUUGAUGAGUAUAGAUUGUCAUAUUUUGUUGCAUUUCUAUUACUGCUCUGUACAUUCCCUGUUUGUGUCUACUGUACAGUGGACUGACGUAUUCAAGAUUGCUUACUUUAGGAGAGACCACUUAACCCUUGCAGGGAAAGUGUUUAAAAACUAGAACAUCUGAGACCUGUUAAUAAUUCACAGAUAUAGCAAUUUUCUAUUUUAAAGUAGUUUCUCUGAGAAGAAUACCAGAUUUGAGAACUCAGAAGUAGAUUGCACAGAAGCUGCUUUUUCCCCCACAGCCUUUUCUAUGAUUCUGGUAAACAGUUAUGCCUUAAUGUAUCAGAAAAAGUAUGUAUAUGCACGGCCGAACUCCUGUUCCAAGUUUACAAUAGCAUAAUUUGGGGUCUAGGAGAAGGAGGGCUUUAAAGAGGAGACUACCGCCUGAUGUUACAUUAAAAAAAAGUAAGCCUUAGCCCCAGGCCUAUCUUUAAAAAGGUUAGCAAAUUGGACAAAAAAUCCAAACAAAUCUAGGACCCUUAUGAUGUACUAGAUAUCAAAGUAAAGAACAAUCGCUCUAUUUUUUGUUGCAUUCUUUCCCCCAAUCCUUCAUCUCUGGCUUGUCUGUUCAAUCUCUGGAGGGGCAGCCACCAUCUGUACAGCACCUUGAGUAAUUUUUAUUUGUCACUUCCCAGUACGAUGCAAGUUAUAUUUUACUUUAUACUCCAGGGGAAUUUGAUAGGGCUGUUCCUUCCCUACUAAAGACCUUCAUGAUUAAAAACAGGUGACAACUUAAAAAAAAGCCCUGCACUGAAACCCUGCAAACAUGAUCUCAGCCACAUUCCCCUUUAAAGUAUCUGGAGAAAAAUAUUUGCAAGUCGAAAGUGGUAGGAUACAGGGAAAGUGUGACAUGGCUCAAUGCUAAGUGAAAUUAUUUCAUUUUCUUUUAGUCCAAAAUAUAGCUGAGGCCCUGCUAGAAGGUUACAUAGUGCCUGGGCUGUGGCCACGUGCUCACCCCACCCUGCUUUAGUAGGUUAACUGAGCCCACUUCUAAUUAGAGAAAAGUCCAAUAGUGUUCUGUACAUACAUGAAACGGAUCCUUGACAAGAAGCCCUCUCUAGUCACAUAAAGCUUUGGGUUUGUUACUGGAUUAGUGAUGUGCAUUUUCUUUUGGUAAAGUUGUAAUUCUCCUUUCAAGCCCGAGAAUUGUGACAUUCGGUUUUGACUUGACACUUUUUACGACUCCUUCGGACGCUCUGUUAAAAUCCCCCAUUUUCAUGUAACCCAAUAGUACAUAUUCUUAAUGACUUAUUUUGUUGUGGUAAAAGUGGAAUUAGUCCAUGAGAAAAAACAUUUAAAAUUAAGAAAACAUUAAGAAUUGAAGUGGAAAGACAGUCUCGGCUGUUAAAAAUUGCUUCUGUGACAAAUGAUGUUCAGAAACAAUAUGGAUGAAAUUAGAUAAAGAGUAAAUUAUUUCUUUGAAUGAAAUCUUCAUUUAAAAAGCAAGGCAUACAGUUUACUAAGGCAGAAUUGAUCUGUACCAAAUGAAAUUUGUGUAUUAUGCUGUGAAAAGGCAGACUCAUUUUGCUAAAGUACAUAUAAGGCUUACAGGGAAAAUCAGAAUUUGAUUGCUGAACUACCAUUGGAAAACUAUGAAUAAAACAGACUACUCAUACAGUGA